AUGCGAAAAGAUAACACAUCAACUGAAGAAGACAGAACUCCUCAAUCCAUCGCACGUGCUCUCACCUUCAGUCCACCAGCCUUGGUCCAAAACACAUUCACCAGCAUCAACCAGUCAAGACAGAAAAUGAUACAAGAAGCUCCUGAGGAAAUGCCGUACAGACAUGUUGUCAUCACGGAAUCGCUCAUCAACGACCUCGACAAGGACACUGUGCUGAUGCUGGACAUUUUCCAAAGCAUGCACGACAACAUGAGUGCGGCAACAGACAUCUGCAACAAAAUCAUUGAAGACCACCGCACACCAUGA